AUGACAAGGCUCUCCCCCGCCCUCAUGCUGCUCGCAGCAGCGGCCCCUUCCACACUCGCCGCACCCUCCUUUCCCAUCCUCGCCCGCGCGCCCUCGCCCCCCACCGCUCUCCCCCAGCGGGCCACUGCCAACGACCUCCGCUGGCAGCCCUCGCUCGACUUCGACACGGACGGGUGCUACAACGUGCCGGCCAUCGACGCGCAGGGCACCAUCGCGCAGGGGCUGCCGUACCAGUUCACGGGCCUGUCGAGCGACUGCCGGGACGCGUCGGACCUGGACAACAACAACGUGUACGCGCGGCAGCGGUGCAACAACGGCUGGUGCGUCUACCUGUACGGCUACUACUUCGAGAAGGACGUCGCCGUGCCCAACUUUAUCAGCACGGGCCACACCCACGACUGGGAGCACAUCGCCGUGUGGGUCAGCGACGCCACGGGCCGCGCCGAGUAUGUCGGCGCCUCCCAGCACGGCGGCUUCGAGAUCAAGGCCGCCGCGGAUGUGCGCUGGGACGGCGAGCACCCCAAGAUGGUCUACCACAAGGACGGCGGCAGCACGCACGCCUUCCGGUUUGGCAACACGGAUGAUGACAGGAUUGAGAACCACAAGGGUGUGUGGUUCCGCGGCGCGCUGGUCUCGUACAAUGGGUUCCCGUCGGUGGAGGUGAGGGAUAAGCUGUUUGCGCACGACUUUGGCGCGGCGACCAUCGGCUUCAAGGAUUCGACGUUUGCUGGACACAUUGAAAAGGCGAAGCCGGGUGCGGUUACGUUUGACGUGAACCAGGACGUCGGGUCGCCGGGGAACCCCUAA